AUGGGGCCCCCUACUGACCCCGGGCCCUCGGGCAAGUUUCCAAAUGGUCAGUCCACCCCUGGGGACAUGUACACUGAUCAUCAGGGCACUGAUGAUCAGUGUGCCCUGAUGAUCAGUGUAGCCCCAGCAGUGCCACCUGUCAGUGUCCAUCAGUGCCUUGUGUCAGUGCUCAUUGGUGCCUCAUGCCAGUGCCCAUCAGUGCCACAUCAAUGCCAUAUAUCAGUGCCUACCAGUGCACAUCAAUGCCACAUAUCAGUGCCCAUCUGAGCUGCCUUUCAGUGUCACCCGUCAGUGCCACCUAUCAAUGCACACAUAUCAGUGCCCAUCUGAGCUGACUUUCAGUGUCAUCCGUCAGUGCCACCUAUCAAUGCCAAUCAGUGCCACCUAUCAGUGCCACAUAUCAGUGCUAGUUAGUGCCGCCUAUCAGUGCGCAUCAGUGCCGCCUAUUAGUGCCAGUCAGUGCCGCCUAUCAGUGCCAUGUAUCAGUGCUGCUUUUCAGUGCCCAUCAGUGAUGCCUCUCAAUGCCCAUCAGUGCCACCUACCAGUGCCUCCUCAUCAGUGCCACCUAUCAGUGUCCAUCAGUACAGUCUAUCAGUGCUCAUCACUGCAGCCUCAUUAGCGCACAUCAGUGAAGGAAAAAAAUCACUUAUUUACAAAAUUUUAUAACAAAAAGUACGAAAAAACUUUUUUUUUCAAAAUUUUCAGUGGUUUUUGGUUUGUUUAAGAAAAAAAAA